AUGCUGGGAAUAGUGGUGAGUUUAAAAGUCUGGAAAUUAGCCAGGUUGAAAGCUAAUCAAAGUCUGUUCCAGUUUUUUAGUUUAUUGGCUGGCUGUUCCGCCGAAUUGGGCUACCAGUACCAGCAGAAUAGUUAUGGCUCGGCUGUAAAUAGCUAUGGCAACGAAGCUGCUUUGCCGGAGGAAAGGUAUCCCAAUUCAGCGGCUGGUAAUCACUACCAGGAGAAUGCCGACUUCCACAAGCAUUUCUAUGCCUUCGAGGCUCCCUAUGAUUCGGGGGAGGAGGCGAAUCUGGUGGAAUCCAAGCUAUCAUCCCUUGGCCAGAAGAACCUCCAGGUGGUGUUUAUAAAGGCGCCCGAAAACAAGGCUGUUGUGGGUGCUCUGAGUGCCUUGGCCAAGCAAACCAGCGAGGAUAAGACGGCCAUCUAUGUGCUGAACAAGCAAACAGAUGCCAAUGAACUGGCCAGCGAAAUAAGCGCCUUAAAAUCUCAACGUAAGCACAAACCGCAAGUUCAUUUUGUGAAAUACCGAACGGAGGAGGAGGCUGCUCAGGCCCAACAAUAUAUUCAGGCGCAGUAUGGCGGAGGAUCUGCGAUUGCCCAGGCUGCACAGGCCUCAUCCUUGGGCUAUUACCCCGAGCAGCAGCCGCAGUACGAGCAGGACUCUCAUCCCGGGGAGUAUCCUUCCAACCAACAGGGUUACCCACACUCCCCACAACAGUCGGCGUAUCAACCUCAGUCGGGUUAUUUGCCACCUUUGCCCAGUUACUCAUCCUUUUCGCAGGGCUACAAUGCGGCAGGAUCUUCGGCGGGAGCCUCUAGCAUAGGUCAGAUUGAUCUGCCGCCCGUGCCAGAAGCUCAACAGGAUCUAUCGGCCAGCUUUAAUGAUAACCAAGUGGACUAUCGCUCUGCCAGAUCAAGGCGUUUUGAUUUUCGGGCCAACGAGCGUCACAGAUCGGGAAGUCGCAUGGUAUUUCCCUCUGCCAAUCCGGGAAAACGCCUGAGGCUCUAAGUAAUACACUUCUUUAACAAAUUAAGACAUUAAAUUAGUGCCAUAAGACUGCCCCAAGGGGUAACUAGUUAUAGCUGCAAAUAAAGCCCAAGAUCUAUCAAUGAA